AUGAUGAACAAUGCUGCCAUGAACAUUCUUUCUUUGUUAGUCAUGGAACAAAACAAUAGCACUCAGGUGACUGACUUCAUUCUCCUGGGAUUUGCUGGUCAGGACAAGUCUUGGCAUAUCCUCUUUACGGUAUUUCUUGUGAUCUAUGUGACCACCCUCGUGGGUAAUACGGGCAUGAUCCUACUCAUCAAGACGGAUUCCAGCCUUCACACCCCUAUGUACUUUUUCCUUCAACACUUGGCCUUUGUUGAUCUCUGCUACAGCUCUGCUAUCACUCCCAAGAUGCUGCAAAACUUUGUAGAAAGAGAAAAAUCCAUCUCAUUCAGAGGAUGCAUGGUGCAAUUACUAGUCUAUGGUGCUUUUGCCACAAGCGACAGCUACAUCCUUGCUGCGAUGGCAGUGGACCGUUACGUGGCCAUCUGCACCCCACUCCACUAUCCAACGGUCAUGACCCAGAGAGUCUGCAUUCAACUCUUAGUUGGCUCCUACCUCCUGGGUUUCCUAAAUGCCUCUGUAAAUACAAGUCUUACGUUCUCACUCAACUUUUGCAAAUCCAAUAAAAUUAACCACUUUUUCUGUGAUGAACCCCCAGUUCUUGCCCUCUCGUGCUCCAGCAUUGAUUUAAACAUCAUGCUCCUAACCGUCUUUGUGGGGUUCAACUUGACAUUCGCCGUGUCGGUCGUCAUCUGUUCCUACGUAUUCAUCCUGGCUGCCAUCCUGAAGCUAUCUUCUGCUGCAGGAAGAAGGAAAGCCUUCUCCACCUGUGCCUCCCACCUGACAGCGGUCACUAUCUUUUAUGGGACCCUCUCGUACAUGUAUCUGCACCACGGGACCAACAAGUCUCAAGAGCAAGAAAAAAUGGCUUCUGUGUUUUACAGCAUUAUGAUCCCCAUGUUAAACCCGCUCAUCUACAGCCUGAGAAACCAAGACGUGAAGGAAGCUCUGAAAGGGAUUGGGAAGAAGUACUUUUAG